AUGGCCCCUCCUGUCCUCUGCUUUGGUAAAAAGCCCCAUAUCGAAGCCCCGCGGACAACGGACGGGCCCGGACUGGCCAAUGGUGACGAGCUGCUCGGGGGAGUGGGUCGUCGCCACAGCCGCAAAGAGCCAAAGUUGCACGCGUUGACGUCAGAAGCCGACCAUCCUAACCCAGCCGGCUGGGCCAGAUAA